AUGAAAAUUGUUGCCUCCACUAGAUUGAACAAAGCUCAAAGAGCUAUGGCUUCUUCUCGUGUUUUCAAUGAAUCCGACAAAGAAUUCUUACAAAACACUGAACCAAAGGCUAUUGAAGAAGAAUCUAAAGCUGAAGACAAGACUUUAUUGAUUGUUGUUUCAUCCGAUAAAGGUUUGUGUGGAUCCAUCCACUCCCAAUUGGCUAAAGCCACCAGAAAGAGAACCACUGAAUUGGACGGUAAUGUUGACAUUGUUGCCAUUGGUGACAAAGUUAAAACUCAAUUGUUGAGAACUUACUCUGACAAAAUCAAAUUGGCUUUCAAUGGUAUUGGUAAAGAAGAACCAAACUUUACUGAAGUCGCUUUAAUCGCUGAUGAAAUUGCUAAUUUGGGUAGCUACGAAAACGUUGAAAUUAUCUACAACAAGUUUGUUUCUGGUGUCAGUUUCGAACCAUCUAAAUUCUCCGUUUUUGCUGCCGAAGCUAUUGCCAAUGCUCCAGGUUUAAGUAAAUAUGAAUUGGAAGGUGAAGAAGUUACCUCUGAAGUUUCUCAAUUCUCUUUGGCUAACAACUUGUUGGCUGCUAUGGCUGAAGGUUACGCUUCUGAAAUUUCUGCUAGAAGAAAUGCUAUGGAUAACGCUUCCAAGAAUGCUGGUGAUAUGAUUACCAACUACUCUAUCUUGUAUAACAGAACCAGACAAGCUGUUAUUACUAACGAAUUGGUUGAUAUUAUUACUGGUGCUUCCUCUUUGGAAUAG